AUAAACAGUGAAAUAAAGUAUUGGGCCAAAGCCCAUUAAAAAGGCCUGACAAUACAUCUCACAAAACCAACAUCAAAACUGGCCCAAUAAUGUCUCUCUAAUUUCCUCCUCCAAAAAUUUCCGGCAAAAUUCACCAAUCAACCACCAGUGCCGCCGCCGCCGCUGCCGCCGCGGCGAACUUCUGCACAGAGAAAAAGUCAGACGCAUUUCAUGGUUUCCCUCGCGUGCAUUCGUCUGAGUAAAAAAAUCUGCUGCCGAAAUGCAGCAUUCACAGCACUCCUCAAUGGCAUCGCUCCUCUCUCUACUAAUAAUGUCAGACACAUUUCUCACGCGACCGGCGUUGAUCACUGCCCGGCAGCCUCACCGCACACCGUUGUUAAGAGAGUCUGUUUUUGGGUUUGCGAUUCAUAUUAUAAUCAGCAGAGAAAACCAACUAAUUUCGAUUCAACGCGCCCUCAGCUAAACUUACCGAUAGAUGCUGAUUCCUUGACGGCGGAGCAGGCAAUUUCUGUGGUGGCUUCAUUGGCUGACGAGGCUGGAUCGAUGGUGGCGCUGAGUUUCUUUCAUUGGGCAAUUAGGUCUGUCAAAUUCAGGCAUUUUAUGAGGUUUUACAUUGUUGCCGCUAACUGCCUGAUUAAAAACGGGAACUUUGAGCGGACACACGAGGUUCUGCGGUGUAUGCUGUGGAAUUUUGCGGAGGUGGGGAUGUUGAAGGAAUCGAUUGACAUGGUUCUUGAAUUGCGCAGCCGUGGCUUGGUUUUGAGCUCCCACACUCUGAAUUGCGCGCUGAGUGUGGUGAAUGAGAUGGGCUGUGUUGAGAUGGCACAGAAGGUGUUCGAUGAAAUGUGUGAGAGAGGGGUGAUCCCGGAUUCUUAUACUUUGGAGUCGAUGAUUGUGGCGUAUUGUCGAGCUGGGAGGGUUUCUGAUGCAGAUAGAUGGUUGAGUGAGAUGUUGAGCAGAGGCUUUCUUGUGGAUAAAGCUACUUGUAGUUUGAUUAUCAAUGUGAUGUGUGCAAAUGGUCGUGUGAACAGAGCGUUGUGGGUGUUCAACAAGAUGGUUGAGAUUGGAAUGAAGCCGAAUGUGAUCCAUUUCUCUUGUUUGAUCAACGGGUUGAGCAGCAGGGGAAGCGUUAAGCAAGCGUUUGAGCUGUUGGAGGAGAUGGCGAGGAGAGGAUUGAAGCCGAAUGUGUAUACUCACACAGCAUUGAUUGAUGGUCUUUGCAAGAAAGGCUGGACGGAUAAGGCGUUUAGGCUUUUCUUGAAGCUUGUUAGGAGCGAGAAUUACAAGCCCAAUGUGUACACUUAUACCGCCAUGAUUGAUGGAUACUGCAAGGAGGAGAAGCUGCAGCGCGCAGAGAUGUUGCUAGAGAAGAUGAGGGAACAAGGGCUGUGCCCGAAUUUGAAUACAUACACUACCCUUAUUGAUGGCCAUGCUAAGGUUGGGGAGUUCGACAGAGCAUAUGAGUUGAUGGAUGUGAUGGAGAAAGACGGUUUAUCUCCUAAUACUUGUACGUAUAAUGCUGUGAUGAACGGCCUAUGCAAGAAAGGAAGGCUUAAGGAAGCUUAUAACUUGCUGAGAAUUUGCUAUAGGAAUGGGGUUUGUGCUGAUAAAUUUACAUACACGAUUCUCAUAUCUGCAAGCUGCAAGCGGGAUGAUGUUAAGCAAGCUUUGAUGAUUUUUGGUGUGAUGUUGAAAAAGGGGAUUGGUGUUGAUAUGCAUACUUAUACAUCGUUGAUCUCAUUACUUUCAAGGCAAAUGAAAAUGGGAGAAUGUGAAAGAAUUCUUAGUGAUGCUUCAAAAAUGGGACUGAACCCUACCACACAGACUUACACAUCUAUGGUUUCUGGUUAUUGUCGAGAAGGAAAGGUAGAUAUGGCGAUGAAAGUGUUCAAUGAAAUGAGUGAAUUUGGCUGUGCACCCGAUAGUUUUACUUAUGGUGCUCUGAUAGGUGGCCUUUGCAAGGAAUCCAUGUUGAAUGAGGCAAGAACACUUUUCCAUGAAAUGAUUGACAGAGGUUUUUCUCCGUGUGAAGUUACUCGAGUGACUAUAGCUUAUGAGUUUUGCAAAAAGGGUGAAUCUUCGACAGCAAUGGCUUUGUUAGACAGAUUGGAACGGAAGCUGUGGGUUCGCACUGUUAGUACAUUGGUCAGGAAGCUUUGUAGCGAAAAGAAAGUAGACGUUGCAGCCCGGUUUUUUGAUAAACUGUUAGGUGCAAACAAGACUGUGGACCGUGUAACGCUAGCAGCGUUCAUGACUGCUUGCUACGACAGUAAUAACUAUGCACUCGUUUCUGAUAUGUCUGCGAGGAUGACAAAAGCAAAGGUAUCUCAGUAACACGAAUACACGAUGAGGGUGUGAAUUGGAUGACCUCGUCUUGGAUUCAAGGUUUGAUUCCCAGAUAAAGAAGGUGGCUACCAUGUAAAGUGGUGAAAAAUAUUAUUACAGUACGAAGCUAAACAUGGUAUUUCGUUGAAGCUUCAAACUGGACCUCAAGAAACCGAAAUAUGGACAUUCCUUUUACUCGAGGAUGAAGAAGCAAAGCUAGGCAAGCUUCUGAUGACAAGCCACAGCGCAUAGCCUUCCUGAACAGCUUGCAUUGCCAUCUGAAAUCAGGUACCGAUGAUUCUAUACAAUGUGAAUGCCUCUUGAUUUUGAGGGUGUUACUACAAACUAAGCUUGAAUGGUUUGAGUGGUGGUCAUAUUCUUGAAGUCCUUAGAAACACGAAUUUAGAAUGUCUAGACGAGAAGCAUGACGAACAUAGAUGAGGUGAGAAUUUGUGCUCCGUGUCUGCUCCAAAGUGCAAGAUAUAUAUAGAUGUAUUAAGAUCAUUGACAAAACUUAACUUUUAAUGUUGCUGUUGAGUUGAGGUGUUUUCUACCUUUUUUUUUGGUUCGCCUCAUUUCAGUUCAUAGCAAUUAGAUGAUUGUACCUCAUGAUCAUAGCCUAGAAUUUCUUGGAUCUAAACUUUGUCUGAUGAAUAUCAAAUUUUCAAUGCAUCUGGUGUUGUAAUGU